AUGUCAGCUAAUUACUGGUCCUCGACACAAUGUCGCUUCUGGCACUUCACAAAGGAGCAGCUCGCGACAAUGCGACAGAAGCUUGAAGACGACAAUGCGGAACUCGUACGCAUGUUUCCACUACCGCAGCAGCGCCACCUGAACAUAUACUUUAACCAACAGUUGAUACGGUUGGCCAAGCGACUGACGAUUCGACAACAAUCCAUGGCUACAGCGCAGGUCUACAUGAAGCGAUUCUACUCCAAAGUAGAGAUCCGUCGGACGAACCCAUACCUUGUAGUAGCGACCGCGAUAUACCUUGCCUGCAAGAUAGAGGAGUCGCCUCAGCAUAUCCGGCUCAUCGUCACGGAGGCUAGACAAAUGUGGGGAGAUCUUGUUGCCAUCGAUACUUCCAAGCUGGGCGAGUGCGAGUUCUUUAUGAUAAGCGAGAUGCGAUCACAACUCAUUGUGUUCCAACCCUACCGAACCAUCACAGCCUUGCGAAGCGAACUAUCCCUAUUAGAAGACGAGGUGCAGCUGGCUCGGUCAGUGAUCAAUGAUCAUUUCAUGACCGAUCUUCCUAUGCUAUACCCCCCGCAUAUCAUCGCAAUGGUGGCUAUCCUGCUGGCUUUGGUGCUAAGACCUAAUAGCUCUGGCCCUGGUCAGAGCACUUCAGGAGCAGCGGCAGCAGCAGGACUUGCGGCGGCUCAACAGGCGUUGAUGCGAGCACAAGGCCAGCAAACCCCAGGCGGAAUACCAGAAGCUGCUGCUGCAGAACCUAAGGAGAAACAGCAGCAAGCACGAGUAUCCCGCGUGCAAAGAUUCGCGAAAUGGUUGGUCGAAAGUAACGUGGAAAUUGCAUCCAUGGUGGAUGCUACGCAGGAGAUCAUCUCCUUUUACGAGUGCUAUGAGCAUUACAAUGAUAAGCUCACACGGGAACAGAUCAAUCGUUUUGUCAAGGCUAGAGGUCUAGACAAGUGA